UGCCCCUUCUCUGCUCCCCCAGGUGGGUGGGCAGACCUUGCGACGCUCCGGCCCCCUGAUGCCAGGCUGGGCCCCCUCGGCCUGUUUCCCCCCCCCGCAGGUGAUGGCGCUGGGAGUGGUGCCCCUGUGCUCCUACCAGAUGGAACGGAUAUUCAACACGACGCGCAUCCCGGGCAAAGAGACAGACUCCCUCCUGCACCUGGCCGACAGCAGGCACCUGGCGGUCUUCCACCGGGGCCGCUUCUUCAAAGUGUGGCUCUACCAAGGGGGGAAGCAGCUGCCCCCCCGGGACCUGGAGAUGCAGUUCCAGCGCAUCCUGGAUGACCCCUCCCCUCCGCAGCCGGGGGAGCUGAGGCUGGCGGCCCUCACCGCAGGGAGCAGGGUACCCUGGGCCGAGGCCCGUGCCAAGUUCUUCGGGCGGGGCAAGAACCGGGCAUCGCUGGACUGCAUCGACCGAGCCGCCUUCUUCCUGGUGCUGGACGAGGAGGCGCAAGGCUUCAACCCGGAGCACGAGGAGAGCCUCAGCGAGUACGCCAAGAGCCUCCUGCACGGGCGCUGCUACGACCGGUGGUUCGACAAGUCCUUCACGCUGGUGGUCUACCCGAACGGCAAGCUGGGGGGCAACGCCGAGCACUCGUGGGCCGACGCUCCCAUCAUGGGGCACCUCUGGGAGUUCAUGCUGGCGACAGACCAGAUGCUGCUGGGUUACUGCAAUGGUGGGCACUGCCAGGGGGUGCCCAACACCGACCUUCUCCCCCCGCAGCGUUUGGCGUGGGACCUUCCGGAAGAGUGCAUCCAGGCCAUCGAUGCCGCCUACGGGGAGGCCCGGGCGCUGGCCGACGAAGUGGAUUUCUGCUGCUUCUGCUUCAGCGCCUUCGGCAAGGGGCUCAUCAAGAAAUGCCGGACCAGCCCGGACAGCUUCAUCCAGAUCGCCCUGCAGCUGGCCCACUUCCGGCCCCUGGACCAGCUGAAGCUCUUCCAAGCGGCGGCUGAGAAGCACCAGCAGAUGUACCGCCUGGCCAUGACGGGGGCCGGCAUCGACCGGCAUCUCUUCUGCCUCUACGUGAUGUCCCGCUACCUCGGGGUGAAGUCCCCCUUCCUGGACAAGGUGCUGUCCGAGCCCUGGCGCCUCUCCACCAGCCAGACCCCCCAGCAGCAGAUCAGGAUGUUCAGCCUGGAGGCCCACCCAGACUUCAUCUCCUCCGGCGGGGGCUUUGGGCCGGUGGCUGACGAUGGCUACGGGGUCUCCUACAUCAUUGCCGGGGAGAACCUGAUCACCUUUCACGUUUCCAGCAAGUUCUCCAGCCCUGAGACGGACUCCAAGCGCUUUGGGACGAACAUCCGCCGGGCCAUGGUGGACAUAGCCGCCCUGAUGGACAUGCAGCCCAGGCAAAAGGCCCGCUGAGCUGGGUGCACUUUGCGUGCAGAGCCAGAGGAAGCAGCCGCCGCUUCGGGGAGGCCAUGCCAGACAUCGUCCAGCCUGGUGCCAGCCGGGCGGCUACAUCUCCUGCCCUGCGGAGCUGCCCUGCGGGGGCUUCCUGGAUUGGGGGGGGCUGGGGGGGGCGGAGCGGUUGCCCUGUGAUGUCGCUCAUAAAGGAGGACCGUUUGGGGGA